AAACUAUAGAAAGUAAAGACAUGAGGUUAGCUGGAUAAACAAGUCUCUACAACAAGAAAGAUCACGAGUGUGAAAAAAGGAAAGUGAACUUUGCUACUCUUCAACAUGUCUGGAAAAGAAGAUGAAGAUUUGUCUCUCAUUAUUUCUUCUACUCUUGAUCACUUUGGAUACAGCAGGGAGAUGAUUAGUUUUAGAUCCAAGAGCUAUGAUAAUAUAGGUAAUCUUAUACAAAAGAAAAAGUUUGGAAAUGAACCAGUAACAGUUAUGUGUGUCGGCAGUGCUGGAGAAGGAGUUGAAUUAUCAGACAGUGAUUUAGAUUUGAUGCUGUUAACAGACACAAUUGUAUGUACAGACCAAGCAAUGGACAAUAAACACUUAAAUAUUCUUAAGACUGACUAUACAAAUUCUUGUCCUGGAUACACAAAAGUAGUGUCUACACAUUUAGUUAUGGAUACGAUCACAGGAUCUGCCUGCUACAACUCCUCCACAAAUGUAUCUCCAGAAGGACAUCCAUAUAUAUCCAGUGGAGUUUUCAAGAACAUGAUUUAUCAAAACACUGAUAAGUUCCUUCCAUUGCUUACUCCCUUUUGCACCAUUACAAGUAAUGGACCAGCUGCAACAAGCCAGAUGUUUAACUCAAAGAAAAUCGACUGGGUUUUUUCGGUUUCCUACUUUGGAAAUACAAUUUUAAGUAAAUGGGCAAAUAGAAAGAGGUUCAAUAACUGGCCAUCAAAUGCAAUGAUAAAGCAAAUAUCUGAAAUGGAAGGUUAUAUUGUACCAGUUGGAAACAAAGAAAGUGAAAAUCAAGGCUUAGAAUGGCGUAUCUGUUACACCACUGCCGAGAUGGCAAUGAUAAGAAAUCUUACCGAUGCACAAUUGAAAUUGUACAUUUUACUGAAAAUGGUAGUUGGAAGCAUUAUUAAACCAGAGUGUAAAGAAAUAACAUCAUAUGUUGUAAAAAAUGUUCUUUUUUGGGUCAUUGAAGUAACGCCUGCUUAUCAGUUUACACCAAAGUUGUUGGUCAAACUAGUAAAGAAAUGUCUAUAUUUCUUCAAAUAUUGUUUAGAGAAUAAUCAUAUACCAAACUACAUGAUUCCAGAAAGAAAUCUCAUGCGUUUUUCUUUCCAUGGCAAGGACAAACUCCCAGUUAUACAUUUCAUUUCAGGUCUAUUGGAAGAUGGGGGUUCUCUAUUACAAAGAAUUCCAAAGUUAUACACAUGUAUGUUUUUGGAAUGUACAAGCCCUAAAAGAGUACAACAGUAUGCAAAGUGGAGGGAAGAAGUUGAAAAAUUAAGUUCACCUCUUCAAACAGGAAUCAAAAUGAUUGAUCUGACAAAUGUACAUGACAAUCACUACAUAUACUGUUCUGAAAAUGGUAGCUCAGUUACAAUAGAAUCUAGUAGUUUUAUGAUCUUACAAGAAAAUAUUGGUCAACAGUCACUGCCAAUGGCUACAAUAAGAGAAUGUAUCAAUAUGAUAUUACCAGAUGCCCAUCACUUGCUGAUGUCUGGACAUUUAGUUCAGUAUUUUGAACUUUUAAAAGAAAGACUGAAAUUGUUAAAACCACUGUAAAAUUGUUGCAACAGGAACAGUCCCAUUUCCCAACCACUUUCAGAUGAUUAAUCAUGAAUCAACAUAUUUUUGAUAUUUUGCAAGUUCAUAUAUUCUGUUACAGACUUUUAAGGGGCUCAUCUCCCAAUUUAUGUCAACUUUUCUGAAAUGUAGAAAAUAGUUUCAAUUAUUAGAAUUUUGUAGACUGAAAAUAAAGGCGAAAUCAUUGGAGAAGUUUUAUGCAGAAUUGUAAAAUUUCUUUACUGUGUUAGCCAGGCCAUACAUGUGAUCUCCCAAGCGGGAGAGUCAAAAUCCCGAUUUUCAACUUGCCUCCCAUCUCCUGACCGAAACCAUAAUUCUCUCGCUUUUUUAAUUUUUUUAAAUUUUUAGCCUUUUUUUCCUUGCUGCAAUGACUGGAUCGAUAAUUACAGAGGACCGCCAAACAUAUUUACACUGUAAAUUAAAGCAUCACUGACUGUGUAUUAUACAUGUGUAGCUGGAGGAAAUAGUUGUUUUUCACAGGUGGCUUUUGAUAACAAGAUUGAUUGUUUCUUUUGAUAAGGGAUAAGACCAGCAGGGUUUUUUCACCUGUCAUACGAGGGGCCGAAUAUUGCCAAUGAAGCUCCAUUUUCCCCAAAUUGCCUAUGAAGCUCCAUUUUUCCCAAUUGGAGGCAAAAUAUUCCAAAAAAAUUCCUAACUGAAUUGACUUUUUGAUUAUUCAAAGAAAAAUUAUGUUUGGUAAUGAAAUCACACAAAUAAUUGUUGGAAAAACCAACCCGCUACUAUUUUUGGUACAUGGCUGUCGUCUGCAACUCGGUAAAAAUUAAAUGUACGAUUAUGCCAGAAAAUUGUACGUUUUGUAAGUAAAAACCUCUCAAAUCACAUAAAUACAUCAACAUUUAUUGAAUAAAGUACCAAAAACUAUGUGGACAAAUAGUUCUUAUACCAUUACAAUCAAAUGUCACAUGUUUUCAUGACCUGAUUUUUUCACCCGAACACAUAUAUACUACUUUUUGGACAAUAUAUUUGUCAUUGUGGUGAAAAUGUUAUAGGUAUUAAAAUGUAAACAAAAGUUUAAAUAGGACAAAUUAAAAUUUAUUCUAUUUUUGCAAGGACUGUCAAGAAUCAGCAACUUAGAAAAAAUCCUUAAAAGCAAAUUUUCUACAUUUCAAUGGGGUUACUUUGAAUUUGUAAUUUAUUUAUAGAUCUAUGUCUACCAAUAAAACUUGAAAAUUAAUGUGCUACUUGUUAAAAUAGAAAAUAAUGGAAAUUAUUUUAGAAUUAAAAUAAUUUAAUUUAUUUUUUCUCAAAUUGUUGCUCGUUAAUUACCGUCUGCUAGUUUAUUAAAUUGUCGUCUGUUUUCGUAGAUAAACGUGUCAUCGAUAUUGUUACACUUGGCUGAUCUGAACUGGUUCCUAUUGAUACUGGUACCCAGUCGAUAUAAUAUAAAUACCAAUAAUCUCGUGCAGUUCUCUCACAUUUUGCUAGUAGCACCGUCGGUAACGUCAAAACUACCCGCCCGCCACACCCUGUAUUUAUAGGAAACUUUUGAAACAUAGAGCUUUGCAUCUUUAAUUUCGGGCUAGUAUUGUAGUUUUAACAACUUGCUAGAAUACUUUGUCAGUAUUUUAUAUACACUUUACCGAUCUAUUUAUGUUGAUCUUACAUCAUCUGUGGAAUGUUUUAUGAAAUUGGUUCAAAGUUGUAAAGGAAAUUUGCAUAAAGUCCAUCUAUUUAACAAUAGCUAACGCUGAUGUUCUAGUUCAAGUUAAUUGUUAUUGUCCACCCGGUCUUGACGACUGAGUUGUUAGGUACUGCCGUCUUUUUACUUACAAUUGCAGGGUUAAACCGUGCCAAAGUAAAUUGAUGAGGGUGAUAUACCGGAGAGCAAUAACACUGCAGGAGAUAACACAUCCAGCCAUCAAAAUGUAUGAUGGGGCUAGAUGUCAUCUUGUUACGUGACCAAGGACUUCCAAAUGUGAGAUGUUCAUACCGUGUUAUGAAGAAAAAACUGAGACAUUUUGAUGCAGUGUAUAUAAAUUUUGUUAUUUAAGAAAACGGUUUAGCAUGGGCGUGACUAUAUUUGUAUAAGACUCUCCAGUAUAAUUUGAAAGAUUUUAUACUUCUUUAAAAAGGCACGGGAUAGUUGAUUGA